GCAUCGAUUUCCCUUAUCGAAUUUCGAGGUUAUCUUAUCUCUGUGAGGAAAAAUAUAGGAAAAAUACAGACAGACGAAAACACUGGGAAAUCGAAUAAAUUUUCAGUCAGUUGCGUUAAUUAAACGAAGGUCAACGAAGUUAUGAAACUCGUAUUGCGAAGACACUUCGGAUAGAAAAAUGACCAAAACGGAAAAAUGUUUCUUUCGGAAAACCGUAUUACAUCUUGCUAGAUCCUUAGCAGCAGUUCCGGAUACACCAUGGCUUAAAGUAAACACAUUAUUUUCGCUGUGUCCGCAAGAAAACAGUCAAGGUAUAUUUAAACUCGAUCAGCGUGGACAAGAUGCUGUUAUUGCUUUGGGAAUCUACGCUUUGGAAUCGAAUCUUCAACAUAUUGACGUUUUAUUACCCUAUUUCCUCAAGUUACUCGAUGGCCUGAAUAAAAUCAUUUGGUUGGAUGAGAUCAAAUACUCGGUUAAAGAACGUAUUCCUGUCCCGGAACGUUUUAGUUUCUGUUUGAAUACGCUGCUCUCUGAUAUCGCCAAUAGAGAAGAACAACUUCGAGAGACUAUUAUCUCGGCGCAGAUCAAAUGUCUAACCAAUCUAGCCAAUCAUAUCCAUUCGGUCUAUAACGAUAAAGAUGCGAACACUGUAGCUAAAUUAACACUUUGCAAAUCAACGGUGCCAUGUUUGAUCGGUUUGGCCAGAGCUGUAGGACGAUACACAUCGUGCGACCCUCCUUUCUUAUGCCGUAUUUUCCCUCGACCUCAAGCUCCAGUCAUCAAGUUAGCCUCGCAGAACGACGAAUCGUUAACGAAAAAGAAAAGUUUUUCAAAUUUUAGGUCUAUUAUACCGAGAUCAUUGUCAUGUAGUCUUAACAUGACCAUUUUAGAUAUCGUGACUCUUAGUUCACUUGAUCCGCACUGCGAUAUUCGGUCUCCGGUGAAGAAACUCGAUGAUUCGGAUUUAAGCAUGAAUCAGUCUUACGAUCCAACGACGUAUUAUUUUUCCAAAUAUGGGUCCAGCUUUAAUCAAUUCCCUCAGAUGAAAUUAUCCGAAGUAGCCGAGAAGAAAAUAGUUUUUCGUUAUUUCUCAACCAAUCAGUUACAAAAUAUAUUACUCAUCGCCAAGAAGCUAUUGACUACGGAUAUAUUGAAUUUCCUCGACGCUGAAGGGGAUAACGUCUAUUUGAGCAAAGCAGUUGAAAUAUUUCCCUAUCGUACCUUCAGCGAAACGUUGAACUUGGUAAUGGUAGCAUUAUUACGAGAAUUACUUCAGCAUCAUCAAGAGUUGCCUGCUCCGUUUACCAAAGAUGUACAAGAAUUCGUGAAAAGUUUAUAUCUCGGGGGUCAAACCGAACUACAGUCUAGAGAAGUUCACGAUGCCUCGGAGAAAGAAGAUAAAGAGACGAAUUACAGCACUGUUAACAGAUUCAAAAUGAACGUUAUGGCGAAUGCUGCUUGCGUCGAUUUAUUAGUCUGGGCUAUUGGAGAUGAAACAGUUUCAGAGAAAGAUGACGUAAAUGUACGCUCUCUAAUGUGUUUGUUUUCGUCUUCGCUGGUUGUUUCCAAAGGUGCCGAUAGCUUAUGCAACAGGCUUGCUGGGAAAAUCAACUCCGGUCACCAUAUCAAACUGGCAAUAGCCCAUAUGCCUUUAUUACUCGUCUGUUUGGACGGCCUAGGAAAAUUAGCGGAAAAAUUUCCAAACAUAGCGAGUAGCUCGAUAGCCUACUUGAGAGACUUCCUCGUCUCUCCUUCACCCAUUCUAUCUCGAUUGUAUCGCUUGUAUCAAGAACGAAGCGCUGCUAAUGACUUGAAAAACGCCACAACAAGCACCAGAGUAGGUAAUUCAAAAACAUUCUACGGUCAAGGAGACUCGCAAUUCGAACGAUUACGCGAUGCAGCCAUCGAGAACUUGUGUAUUUCGCUGAGAGCAGCCUAUAUCAAUGAUCCGGAUUGCGUACCAGCUCUGGUAGCUUCUUUAUCGAAUCGAUUAUUUGCUGUGGAAAAAUCCAACGAAGAUUCGUCGUUAGUCCAAGCCAAUACGAUAGUAAUGUUGGGUCAUAUCGCUGUUAGUCUAAAAGACACACCGAAAACAACCGAUACGAUUCUGCUAUUCUUCCAACAACGGUUUUGUCGAGUACCGAGUAUUAUAGAUGUGUUAAUAGUCGAUCAACUCGGUUGCUUAAUUAUCGCCAAAUGCGAACCCAACGUUUACGAAGAAAUAAUGAAAAUGUUCGUAAUGAUUACCGUAGAAGCGAGUAACGCUUCUUACAGCAAUGAUCAAUCCAAUCAAUACAGACAUGUUUCCGGCGCAGUCAUCAACGCUUUAGCCAAUAUCGCUGCGAAUAUCGUCGGUGACACGGAAAUGAACGAGUUGCUGGUUCGAUUACUAGAAUUAUUCGUUCAAUUGGGUCUCGAAGGCAAACGAGCAUCUGAAAAAGCUCCAGCAUCGAAUAAAGCAUCUAGCAGUGCUGGAAAUCUUGGUAUGUUGAUACCGGUGAUUGCAGUUUUGGUGAAGAAGUUACCAGUCAUUAGGCAGCCGAAGCCUAGGCUACAUAAAUUAUUCAGGGAUUUUUGGCUGUAUUGUGUCGUUAUGGGAUUUACCAACGAGUCUGGAUUAUGGCCACCAGAAUGGCACGAGGGUGUCAAAGAAAUCGCCAUCAAGUCUCCGUAUUUAACCAUGCAAACUCCUUCGAGAUCUGAAAUGCGUGAAAUGCAAUACACUUCAGCUGUGCGCAACGACAGCGUCUCUGUGAACCAACUGUUGGAAUUGAAAUCGCAAAUUCUUCAGUUAAUGGAGCAUCCGCCGCCUGAUGUGACCAAUUACGUGAAUAAACUAUCGUUUGCCCAAGCCACCUAUUUAUUAUCAGUCUACUGGUUGGAAACAUUCAGAGUUCAAUACUCUCCCGAGCCUAGUUUGCAACCUAUGUUCGAGUAUUUAUCAGAUUACGCAAUACAAAAGGAUAAAUACGGAAUGUGGCAUUGUCUCGCUUGCGUUGGUGACCGAGUAUUCGCCUUGUUUUUGGAUUCAAUCGGUAAAAAACCCAAAGACGAGAAUCGAGAGAAAGAAUUAGAGUCUCAUGCUCAAUUUUUGCUCAUCAAUUUCAACCAUAUUCAUAAACAAAUACGUCGUGUUGCCGAUAAAUGGCUUUCAGGAUUAGUAGAUAGAUUCCCUCAUUUGUUAUGGAAUCGUCAAGUAUUAUGGACCAUGUUGGAUAUCCUUCAAGUUCUCUCGUAUUCCUUGGAAUUGGACCCUAAUGAAGAAACCCCAACAUUAGAAGUGCCCAAUACGAGCUACACGAUUCCACUCAUGGAUACUUUAGAUGCCAGAGAAGGCAUUGUGAACGAUUUCGCUGCUAGGUCUCUGGGUAUUGUUCAAGAGGCCAUGAAAUGGGCUCCUCAGGUUACCAGGUCUCAUUUACAAGAGUAUCUGAACCAGAUACCCAAUUCAGGACAUCAUACCGGACUGGCUCUGGCUACCGAGAGUGUUUUACAUAAUAAAGGGCUCAAUUUGCAGUCGGUUUCUCUUUCGGUCAAUACGUUGGAGAAAAGGCCCCGUUGUGUUAAAUCGGAUUCUUCCAUUUUCGUUUCUACUCUCAGCCUCAGGAGUAGGUUUUCCGGCCAAGUAGCCGGGAUGCUGUCGGAAGAUCCGGAGAAAUUGGAAAGCAUCAUAGAUCAUGUUAUAGAAUCGAUUACGAAAACAGCCAAAGUCAAUGUUACACCGAAUCAGCAUCAUAAUGCAUUAUGGACCGCUACAGCUAUGCUCAUUUCGUAUACAGGAUAUUGUCGUAAAUUGAUUCAUGCUGUGGCUUGGGCUCCGGUUGAAUUAUUCACCGAAGAUACGAUGAAGACAGCUGUGGAAUGUUGGCAGUGGCUGGUCACAGCCAGACCAGACUUGGAAUUGCAAUUUUUACAAGAGAUGUUGACUGCUUGGCAGUACACUGUUGAUAAAAGAUUAGGAUUAUUCACCGUACAAGAAGAAGAAAUCAGUCCAUUGGCUGUUUACGAAGGAUGCAUCCUCGAACCAAAAGCUCCGUUUAUAAAACCACACGAUAUUUGGCUACAGUUUAUAUCGGAACUCAUCGAAACAGCGAAAUACUGCAAUCACGAAAAAAUUGAAAUGUUUUUGGUGAUGCUUCAUAAUACCCUUCCUUUAGCCGUUGGUACUCCUGAGGCUUUCCUGAAUCGGCACAUUGCUGCGAUCGGUACCAGAUUUAGAUUACUGCAGUGUGGCUUAUCGUUACUUCAGGGAGACAUUUUGCCUAAAUCUUUAUCAAAGAAUGUGCUCAGGGAACGUAUCUAUAGCGCUUGUUUCGAUGUAUUUUGCACCGAUAUGCAGUGCCCUACUCAGAAACCGCCUCAACUGAGAGAAGAUAUUUCCAUCUUGAUUAAAUUUUGGCAAACUAUGCAUAGCGAUAAGAAGUACUUGAUGACUAGUUCGAUCGGAGAUUUCGAUAUGCAAUCUACUUACGAUAAUCAACUCACGGUGUCAUCGAUAACCGAACUCAAAGGUACCGGAAGCACGGUCGGUUCUAGUGGCAGUAGUGCCAUAACUCAUGGAUGGAUAAAUACGGUUCCUUUAUCGGCUACGAACACGUUAUCUAAACGUAAUCUUACACGGAAUAAAGCGCAGACUAAAAAUAACGAUUCGUACGUUAAAGAUUAUAUUCGAAAGAGGACCUUGAUCUUGGAUUUAUUGGCGGUUCAAAUCGAAUUUCUAACCACGUGGCAUAAUCCAAUCAGUAGACCUGAAAUUGUAAUUCCUGGUGAAGACACGAUCGCUGCGUGGAAAAACAAAACCAUGUCGGAAAAGACUCUGAGAGAGAAUACUCGAUUAGCUUGGGAUAUAAGCCCCUCGUUAGCUGUUUUCUUACCUGUUCGGUUGAAAAAUUCGGAUUGUAUAAUCAAAGAAGUUCAACGUCUGGUCAGACUGACCCCAACUGCAGUCUCGCACGUGCCUCAAGCUCUGCAAUAUUUAGUUACCACUGAUACCAUUUUGAAUGAUAAUGCGGAGCUCGUCCAUAUGCUGACUUGGGCUCGGGUAUCUCCGGUGCAGGCGUUAUCAUACUUCUCUAGGCAGAAUCCACCUCAUCCUAUCACAGCACAGUACGCCGUCCGGGUACUUUCCAGUUACCCAGCUGAUGCUGUUUUGUUCUACAUUCCUCAAUUGGUCCAAACCUUGAGACAUGACACGAUGGGCUAUGUGAUGGAGUUCAUCAAAUCCAUAGCUUUAAGAUCACAAGUAGUUGCUCACCAGUUGAUCUGGAAUAUGAAAACAAACAUGUAUAUUGACGAAGAAAUGCACCAUAAAGAUAUGACUUUAUACGAUACUCUGGAGUCAUUGACCAAUACCAUCGUAAAUUCUUUAUCCGGUCCGGCGAAAAAAUUCUACGAACGGGAAUUCAACUUCUUCUCGCAGAUUACCGAUGUUUCGGGUAAAAUAAGACCAUUUCCAAAAGGACCGGAAAGAAAGAGAGCAUGUUUGGAAUGGUUGAGCAAGAUCAAAGUCCAAUCCGGAUGCUAUUUACCGUCCAAUCCCGAAGCAGUAGUUAUUGAUAUCGAUUACAAAAGUGGUACACCUAUGCAAAGCGCUGCCAAGGCUCCUUAUUUGGCUAGAUUCAGAGUACGUAAAUGCGGUAUAAAAGAGCUCGAAGAAAUGGCUUUAAGCGUAUCCGAUACUCAAGCCAAUGGCGAUUCUCCUGAAAACGGUGAAAAAUGUCUCAGCCCUUCAGCCUCCGAUGUAUGGCAAGCAGCUAUAUUCAAGGUCGGAGACGAUGUCAGACAAGACAUGCUGGCAUUGCAAGUAAUCAGUAUUUUCAAAAACGUUUUCCAACAAGUUGGUCUGGAUUUGUACCUGUUUCCUUAUCGAGUUGUCGCCACAGCUCCUGGGUGCGGUGUUAUCGAAUGUGUCCCUGAUGCUAAAUCACGAGAUCAGCUUGGUCGACAAACCGAUAUUGGAAUGUACGAAUACUUUAUAAAAACCUACGGUGACGAAACUACCAAAGAAUUUCAAAACGCUAGAAGAAAUUUCGUUCGUUCGAUGGCAGCGUACAGUGUUAUCGGAUUUUUAUUGCAGAUAAAAGAUAGACAUAAUGGUAAUAUUAUGUUGGAUAAAAGCGGGCAUAUUAUUCACAUAGAUUUCGGUUUCAUGUUUGAGUCAUCGCCUGGCGGUAAUCUCGGUUUCGAACCCGAUAUAAAACUCACCGACGAAAUGGUAUUGGUGAUGGGAGGGAAGAUGGAAGCUGCACCAUUUCGCUGGUUUAUGGAAUUAUGCAUUCAAGCCUACUUAGCUGUCAGACCUUAUCGCGAAUCGAUCGUGUCAUUGGUAUCUCUCAUGCUGGAUACAGGAUUACCAUGCUUUAGAGGCCAAACAAUUAAAUUACUCAGAUCACGUUUCGCUCCUCAGUCAACCGAUAAAGAAGCCGCUGCCUAUAUGUUAUCAAUAAUUCGUAAAUCUUUUCUCAAUUAUCGUACCAAAGCUUACGAUAUAUUGCAGUAUUAUCAAAACCAGAUCCCUUGCUAAGAUCGAACAAUCAAAUGUAUAUUUUCUAUUUUCUAGUAAGUUACCGUCGAGUUAUUUCGUGUUUAUUUGUUUUUUUUUCUUUUGUGGUGAGGUUGGAGUUUAGGAGCAUAGAUUUUUUGAAACUAUUUUACGUACUGUAUCUUAUUUUUUCCUCUUUAUUUCUCUUUUCCCUUCGAAUACUUACACUUUACGAUUCCGAAUUUUAUUGGUUUUCUCCCCCUUAUUAUCUCCUUUUAGCUGUGAUAGAAAGUAUUGUUUCUGUUAUUCAUCAAUAAACGCUUAUUCUGAAAAA